AUGCCUUUAAAACGUACUUUUUUGCUCUGGUUUAUUGUUACUGUACAAAAUGCAACUCAGAUACACUCUAAGUUAGAGUUUACCAACAUUGAAUGCACCACCGUGGAUAAGAAAUUUGUAGAUUUCGAGUACUGCUACAUCAAGGCUGUAAAUCGGAGCUACAAGUACAUCUCCCUAAAGGCCAAUAUGCAUGAAUUACCAUUAGUCGAACCAUCGGCAAGUUUACAAAUAUUACGGAGAUUUCGAAGAUACACACCUGUGACCUUAAACGCCACCAUCGAUAUCUGCAAGUUCAUGUCCAGCAAAAAGAGCUCCAGAAAUCCAAUGUUGAUUAUCUUCGCGGAUAUCGCCAAAACCUACACCAAUGUGUACCACAAGUGUCCUUUUGAUGUAGGUUUGAAAAGUGACUUAUACGAACUAUGUGCUAACACCUGACGUUUUCAGCAUG